AUGGAACUUGUCUCCCAAUUCACAGAGGACGCUGUUGCCCAAGAAGACUGUAACUGCGAUAGACCGGCUUGCCGUUGGUGCAUAGUCAAGAAUGACCCAUGUCAUUAUGUCGCUAACAUGAUUCCCAGCCAGCCAGGUCGCUUCGUGUGUGAAACAUGUUACAUAGGAUAUCAGCAGAAGAUUUCAUCAUCGGUCCGACCUUCAGGUCAGCAUGCACCACUCAUUCAAGCUACCCAGAGCAUGCAGAGGCCUGCUACAAUAAAUCCACCCCAUGUGGUUCCAUUCUCUCAACUGUCAGGCAGUAGCAUCAGUCAGACUAGCACACCAGGACCAGAUAUUCUGGUGCCAUCAUCCUGGCAACAUUCACAGAGCUUAGGCCAGCACAGGGUUGCUGGCGCUGCAGGAUAUUCUCUCCACCAUGCACAAUAUAGUUCAGAGUGUGAACAGUGGGCAAAGCUUUCAUACGCUCCACCUCCGGUGGAAACUAUCACCUUGGAGAUUUCAGCAGUCCAUGAGGGGAACUCACAGAGGAAAGCUGGGCACAGCAUAAACAUUGCUAACAUCUGUGAAGGCAAGAAGGAUGUUGAUGCCUGGAUUGACGCACCUGGACUCAUCGCUCUUGCAUUCGACAUGGUCACUCCCAAACUCUUUGUUUUUGGAAAUGGGUUUCCAUGGCGCACCAACGAGUUCACUGUCCGGGAUGCCGCUUGGGUCGAUCUCUCCACCCACCAGCCUAAUGUCCCUUAUUUUUUCUCCCAAUGUUUAGUCCCUUCUCGACAUGGGCAAAAAGCGCCAACAUUUAAAUCCAAGCAGUUUGUAUGA